AACAGGUCUGUAAUCCUCUCAUAUUGUUUCAAAGUGUGAGGAUUCUGGAAUUACAUCCCCUCUUACGAUACCCACUCAGUGGAACCCUGCAGUCUGUGUGCUGAACACAAGCCACGUUGCAGGAAAUCUUAAUCAACUUUCCACCAAACAAAACACUUGAGCUCUGUCAGUGGUCUCAUCUGGUUCUCAAUGAGGUUUUGUGUUUUUGUUAAUAGCCAUAUACUCAUGAGAAACCAAGACAAUGGUGAAUCUAAGGAUAACGUGGCACAUUGCAGACUAUGGCCGGUAGGCCUAUAAAAAUGGACCAAGGUACCACCAUCAUCAGACCAGCUUGCAAGACAUCACAGGAGACAGCAACUGAACCACUGAAGAAACACUCAGGAUCAAGAAUGAAGCUUUCCGUUGGUACCGUCCUCAUCACUGUUGCACUUUUGUCCGAGUGCUACUUCAGAACCGCUGCCACCCCCAUGACCAAAGCUGAAGACAUGGAGCCAGAUCUCCAAAGCUUGAGCGAGAGCUUGGAGGAGAACUCUCUGAGAUCUGGACCAGGCAACUCCAGGAUCAUCGUGGUGACCGACUCCAAUCUGCUGAGGACCCUAACAUCUCUGAACAGAGGACUCCCUCAUCUCAGUCUCCCCGAGAGCCUUCUCAGCACAGAGCGCAGAGAUGUCGGAACAGACCUGAGCCCGAGCAUCGCCAUCAUCAAAAGGGACACCAUGAGGUGCAUGGUGGGAAGAGUGUAUCGGCCAUGCUGGGAGGUGUAGGUCUUCUGG